AUGGGUACCAAACACAAAGGUACAUUCAACCAUUUCUUUGCCCACACAACGCUGUCAGAUAUUCAAGUCGGCUUUAUAGUCCUUUCAAUAUCCCUCUUCGGGGUGGCCUGCACCUUGAUACUGAUGGUGAAACUCUUGAACUCUUUCCUCGAGAGCAGUAUCACCCGUUUGCUGAGGAGGUUCGUCAACGCAGACUUCCCAAAUUACAUGGGCUUUCUCUCAGGGUACAUCGCUAUCCUGAUCGGUACGGUUUGUACUUUUUUCCUGCAGAGCAGUUCAAUCUUCACCUCACUUCUUACCCCACUGGUCGGGAUGGAUGUGCUAUCCAUAGACCGGGUGUACCCAUUGACCUUGGGGUCAAAUAUAGGGACGACCAUUACGGGAAUCAUUUCUGCGUUGGCGAGCAACGGCGGUGAACUGGAAGAUACUUUACACAUUGCGUUGUGCCACUUCUUCUUCAAUGUAACAGGAAUAUUAAUAUGGUACCCACUACCGUUGUUGAGGAGAGUUCCAGUUACGUUAGCCAACAGUCUUGGGAACAAGACAUCUAAACAUCGAUGGUUCGCUGUUCUUUACGUAGCGGUUAUGUUUCUCAUAUUACCAGGUGCAGUCUUUGGAAUGAGUGUCGCAGGAGACCCCUACCUCUUUGGAAUCGGGUUGCCACUUCUGGUAUUGGUAGCUGCUGUCAUUUUAAUUAACAUCGCGCAGCAUAAAGCACCCCAACUUUUGCCUACCAAACUUAAAACUUGGGAAUGUCUACCAGCUUGGAUGCAUUCAUUAAAGCCAUUUGACAACAUGUGUGUUUGUGUUUGCUUAAACGAAACAAACCCUUCAAGGGAAUUUCAUGCUAGCGCUUGAAUCGGACAGAACCAACGGUACUGUAUGAAAGGAGUUUAUUACCACUGACAACUUAUACAACCAUGCAUGUUAGGCCUUUCUGCGCGAAAAGUGUGUGUGUUCUUUUUUUUAGAUGUCUAAGUGAAAUCUAAUGAAAAUAUGUUUUGUAUUUGUUUUAUAUCUGUAUGAUAGUUAUAAUCUUUCUAAAAUCAUUCGAAGAUUAAUUCGAAAAUAUAGUGAAACGGGUAGGAAAGAUCAUGGGCCGCCGAACCGUUCAAAAUCAAGUUAGUAGGGAAUUUGAGUCCCUUUAUCAUGUUUAAUAUAGGAAGUGGUUUGAACCUCGGUGACACUGACGGCAUUUGCCCCGGUCUUAAAUUUCUCAGAAGGCAUUGUUAGAGUUUGGAUUAUAAUAGAGUUUUUGGUUCAUGAUAAUGGGCUCACAGGCCUAUAUAAUUCAUUUCCCAUAGACUCGUGUGUUAAAGUAGCACUUAA